CCUGUUUUUCCAGGUGAGCCUCUCAGAUGGAGUCAGUGUGUGAGCAGCUUCGUGGAGCUCAUGAUGAUGGUGAUGAGGAGGAGGGUGGUAGAGCCAUGCUGUGGUCCCUCCAGGAGGCGCUGGAGAGGCAGACCCUGCAGAUAGGAGCGUCGGCCUGCGGGGCCACGGCCGUGGUGGACGUGCUGAGGGCCCUCGGCGUGGACGUGGCCCCCGAGGAGGCCGAUCGCUGUGUGCAGACUCGCCUGAGGAGGACCGAGUCACCGCUGCCCGACUACCUGCUGUCCCGGAGCGAAGCAGGUGCGACUCACGCUCAGCUUAUCGCGGGAGCAGAGGAGGCCAGUAAAGGCGAGGUGAUGGGUCGCUUCUUCCACCUUCACCCUCGCCGGCAGGUGAAGCUGAUCCCGUGGCUCGCCCGCUGGAUCCGAAGGGGCGCCGUCCCAGUGGCCACCAUGAACCUGCAGCUGUCUGUGCCCGCGGGGGAGGAGGUGCCCGACGCCUGGCACCACCAGCUCAUAUUCGGGGUCGCGCCCAACGCCGUUUUCAUGACGAAUCCUUUAGAUGUAGUAAGCGGGGACGAGGUGCACCAGCGACUCUGCAGUGAAUCGGUGCUGCUGAUUCGUCGAGAAGACGUCCUGCAGCGAUUCAAGCCUGAUUCCUGUAUGUCAGGCUUCUCAGAGGGCCAGUCUGACCCGCGAUGGAAAGACCUGGAUGUUGAGGGUCAGGUGAGUCAGAUGGUCAGAGAAGAGGAGCAGGAGCGCCCCCUGUUGACGCACAUCACGAUCCCUGCAGCGUACAGCUCGGGAGUCACGCUCUUCACCCGGCGACAGUCUGCAGUCGGACAAGAACUCCUGAGCGCCCCCGAACUCCCUCUGUUGUGACUGCACCGGCACACGUGGACUCAAGACUUGAAACCGUAAAAGCUUUUUUAAUGUGAUAUGAGAAAUAAAACUGAUACUGUGACAUUUUGUGGAGCAGAAACUGACGAAUAAGUAGUUUCACCGUCAUCCAUGUACAUUUUCAUCACUGUUAUCUUUUUAUUAAGGUGUAGAAACCUCUCGAGUUGCGUUAGGCAAAGUGUCCAGGAUAAAAAUCAUUUAUCUGAUCUGUUUAGAAAUCGCGUCCAUCAUUUCUCACAACAGCGAUUCUGUGUAAUUCAGAGUUGUUACUAAAAUAUCUAGUAUCUGAUUCACGUUGUUUAUCUGCAGCUCACUGUGGUUGCCUCUUAUCUCGGCCAAGACUCACUUCAUGAAGAUAUUUUUAAUCUCGGGGGCUUAAAAAAGCACAAUGCUGAAAAUAAAGCGAUAAAGAGCCAAGCAUCA